AAAAAAAUAUGUCAACAAUGAAUCAUCUCUUUGAUCUCCCUGAGCAAAUUUGCUAUGUUCAAUGUGGUUUCUGCACUACAAUUUUACUGGUAAGUGUGCCAUGUAGCAGCUUGUCGAUGGUGGUGACAGUGAGAUGUGGGCACUGCACAAGCCUUCUCUCAGUCAAUAUGAUGAAAGCCUCAUUUGUCCCACUCCAGCUCCUAGCUUCCCUUGGUCAUGAUGAUGAGCCAAAAGAGGGAGCAUUUUCCGAAGAAAUGGCUGCCCCUAGGAAGACCUCAGACAGGCGCAGCCCAUCCUUGAUGACCUCUUCCGAUAAUGAAGAAGAAGAUACAGUCCGUGUGAAUCCCACAGUCAACAAGCCCCCAGAGAAGAGGCAAAGAGCUCCAUCAGCUUAUAAUCGCUUCAUCAAAGAAGAGAUCAGGAGACUUAAAGCUCAAAAUCCCAACAUUCGACACAAAGAAGCUUUCAGCACUGCAGCAAAAAAUUGGGCCCACUUUCCUCCCAUGCACAACAAAGGAGACGGGGAGAGCUGUGGCCAGAAUGAGGGUGAGGCGUUAUGGAACUCAGAUGCUACUGAUCAAUUG